AUUAGUUUCUUGAAUUUAUAUUAAAAAGUCAAAACAAAAGUAUUUAAAAUUCAGUUUUUCGAUCGGUUUUUUGUUGUACAGGCGGUUUUUGGUUUGGAUUCAGCCAGUUUUAUUUUUUGAUCGGUUUGGUUCGGUCGGUUUUCAACCAAUGCUUCCCUACCAACAAGGCAGCAAUGUACUCACCUGAUCUCAAUUGUCAGUGAGAUGAGAUUGCCCCGAUCCAAAAAGAAGGAAUACGGCAUCAAUGUCGGCGAAGAGAAACCACAGCGACGACGAUGAUGACGACAUCUUUUACUACCGCUACGCCUCAGGAUCUCUACCGCCUUCAACCUCCUCCUCCAAAACCCUAACCACCGCUUCAACCACCUCGCGCGGCGGCAGCGGCCGCCUAGCGCCAUCUAAGUCCACAGUCUAUGUCAGCAACCUAGAUUUCUCCCUCACCAAUUCCGACAUCCACACUAUAUUCUCCACCUUCGGCAAGGUCGCCAAGGUCACCGUUCUCAAGGAUCGGGAUACCAGGAGAAGUCGAGGAGUUGCUUUCGUCCUCUUCGUUUCCCGGGAGGAUGCCAUCAAAGCUGUUAAAGGGAUUGACAAAAAGCUCCUCAACGCCCGGACUUUGUCCGCCUCAAUUGCGUCUGAUAACGGCCGGGCAGCAGAGUUUAUCCGGCGGAAGGUGUACACGGACAAGAGUAGGUGCUACGAAUGCGGCCUGGAGGGGCACUUGUCUUAUGAAUGCCCGAAGAAUCAGCUUGGUCGCAGGGAAAGGCCUGAGCCAUCAAAGAAAGGGCGGAGGAGAGGUGGGGCUGACGGUAAGGAUAACCUUGAUGGGCUGGGUUGGGGACGAGAGGACGAGGAAGGGGAAGACGAGGAAGAGGAUAGAGGAGAUGGUUUUGAGGAGGAGAAUUGGGCUUCCGCUGUCGAUGGAGAUGCAGGGGAGAGAUUACUAAAUGGAGGAGGAGACACUGAGGAAAAGAAGAAAUUGAAAAGAGAGAAGAGAAGAGGAUAUUUUAGCGACGAGAGCGAAGAGGAAGACUGAUUUUUUCGCUCACCAAGGAGUGUAGAUUGUUAUAUCUGAUUAGCUGUUGGAUUAGAGGGGGAAGGUCUCACAGGAAAGGUAGGGAUCAAGGUUUGGAUGAGCAUGAAGGUCAGUGAGGCGUGAUGCUGGUGGAUGGUCGAAGCUGUUCGUUUUAAUUUAAGUAUUUUGUUGAAUUUAUUUACUUAUAUUACAAGAAUGUUGAAUAUUGUUUUGAAAGGCUUUCGCAAUGCGUUAAAUUUAUUUUACUCCGAUUAGAUUAUAAUUUGUUUAUAAUAAACAUGAAUGGUUGUUUUAUUUUAAAUGUUCUUAAAAUAUUAUGCAUGUGAAUGAAUAUCAAUAUAUUAGCAACUCGAUU